GCUCAUCAGAAAUCGCGACGGGUUCUAAAAAAGAGAGCGCAAAAGAAAAAUUUCCGAGAGUCACAAUUGUCUAGCCCUUAUGAACAAAAAGCCGGUCUUCAUGAAAAAGAUGACCGUAAUGAAGAAAAUGUCCAUGAAGAUGGUCAUGAAGAAAAAUAGGGCGACCCUUUUCCGCGAGAACUUCAAGGAAUUGCCCUUGACGGAACGGAAGCAGCUGAAGUACAAAGCCCGGCUUCUGUUGGAGAAAAAGGAGCGGAAGGCGGAGGAGGAGGCGAAGAAGAAAAAUUCGGGCGCAGCCCAAACUUAUCCCGGGCCCGCCCGUGAGAGGGCGGCGGGCUUCCGUGCUGGCGCGCCAGGAAGGGCGCAUGCCCGUGGCCCGCGUUGCGAGCCAUAUGGGCCGGCCAUGUGCCACCGCCCGGGACAUUCGUCAGGCGCUGCGUGGUGCGCCGGGCGGCAACCAAAUCGCGCACGGCUUGCGCCCCUCUUUUCCCGGCACCCCCCCCAGCCCGCCGCGCUGUUAGCGGGCGCGCCUGCCGGCUUGGGGUUCUUCCUGCUGUACCAGCACCCCCGCGGCGUGCGCGGGUUGCCCGCGUGCUUUCCGCCGGGGCCGGGAUGUCGCCCUUUGUUACGAAUCUAUUCGGGGCGCUGGCGCCUCGCCCCGAUGCGGGCUGACUGCGUGCCGGGGGGUCUUGCUGCCUUUAUGUCGUGUUUAAUUGCUGGUCCUCUCGCCGUAUGA